GAAACUCCAUGAACUCUCGGGAGGCUACUCUUGUGGUUACGGCAACUGUUUUUGGUGCCUUGGCCUCUGCAAUCGCUCUCCGCUUCUUCUACCGCUCACAAAAGCAUCCAUCCAAGACCAAUCCCUCCCAAAACGGCACCGUCUCCUCUUGUAACGACCCUUUCGACCCCUCCAAGCGCAAAGGGUACUUGUCAUGGGAUGACUAUUUCAUGGCAAUUGCAUUUCUGUCAGCUGAAAGAUCCAAAGACCCUAACAGGCAGGUGGGGGCUUGCUUGGUGAGUCAAGAGGGUAUAAUUCUUGGUAUUGGUUAUAAUGGAUUUCCAAGGGGUUGUUCUGAUGACAAGCUACCCUGGGCAAAGAAAUCCAGGACUGGGGAUCCUUUGGAGACCAAGUACCCUUAUGUUUGCCAUGCAGAAGUAAAUGCUAUUCUUAACAAAAAUCAUGCCUCUGCUGCUGGACAACGGUUAUAUGUGACCAUGUUUCCUUGCAAUGAAUGUGCUAAGAUCAUAAUCCAGUCAGGAGUUUCUGAAGUAAUUUAUUUUGUGGAGAAGAGGUUAGAAAAAUCAGAUAUUGCAUAUAUUGCCUCCCACAAGCUACUUUCAUUGGCUGGUGUAAAGGUCAGGAAACAUCAGCCACUGAUGAAUGAAAUUCACCUAAAGUUUAAGGAGCGCUAGAUUUUGAAGCUUGAUAUAAAUUUACAGUCUUUUAGUCAUUAUCUUCAAAGUUACUGGAUGAUGGCUUUAUCGAUUCUGAAUAUUGCAGAAGCGUUCUUAUAUUUGAAUUUCU